UAUGGAAAAAUGCACCAUACAACUUUAUUGUAAUGAGAAUUACUGAAUAUGUAUGUAUUCGUACUAUUGAAGGUAGAAAAGUAAAUCGGUAUCGGAUGUUGAGAGAUCGUUGCUAUCGAGUCGUUGUCUGCUUUCGCUUUCGGUGGAGUCACAUUGCCAAAACGCCAACCCCAAACCCGAUCGCAAUCGCAGAAGAGGUUGGUCCAACAACCUGUCAAAAACAAAAAGUUUCUUCGACAAAUAUAUACGAACAUGGACCAAUUGCAAUUAAAGAAGGACAUAACUACGGAUACAGAAGAUGCAGUGACUGUUGAGUUCCAUUCCAACCAUUUUUAUUAGUACCAAGGAGAUAUUAAACUAAGCAACUGACUCCAAAGCAAAUCAUGUUGGGCAUUCGUGUCACUGAGUCGGCGACGACCGAUAGGGAGAAGACAUACCCUGGAUGUGCGCGGCAAACGACGGGCAGCCUCUUUUUCGACGCACAAUAUGGGCUGCAGUCGGACGCAGCCAGCAAACAGCGUAAAGCUGCGGAAAAGCCAGCAAAUGGAGGAGACACCAGAUUGAUUAUGGCAGUUUGUAAAGCGGACACUAUUUUUAGGAAGAGGAGUUCUGCAUUUUUGAGUACUUGUUACUCUCUAGAAGUAGUCUCUGAUGUGUAAAAAGGAAUUCUGCAUUUGUGAGUACUUACUCUCUAGAAGUAGCCUCAUCUGUGUAAAUAGCAGGAAACCUCCUCCACCUACACCUGCUCUAACCUAAGCACUCGAACAGAACGACUCAAUGGAACCUCUGCCGAAGAUGUUGCGAAAGUUCCAACAAAAAUGGCACCCAAUGUCUUCGCACCUGGGACAAUCCUUAGUGCAAGCCGAUUGCACAAAGAGGUACCAUUUUUUACUCAUCUUGUUGAUAGAAGAACGGAUGAACAGGAUCUUCGUCAGUGAUCUCUAAGUCAUCUAAUAUCUCCUUCAUCGUCAUGCUCACGUCGAAAACUGAAAAUAACCGAGUUACUGACUGAAAUAAGGGAGGUAGCUCUAGCUUAAUAACAUCAAGGCUACUCUUCCUUCUCAUCAGUAUCUCGCUUAUUUUCAGUAGUUACUCGCUUAUUUCAGUUUAUCGAAAUAAUUCACCACUACCAGGAACGUCCAGAUGCAGCAGUAUUGUGUGUGGUGCAAAAAUCCAGCGACUUGCUGAAGCAACAAGAGGGACGGCGUGGAGUCAAAUUAGCCUGGAGACCGCCAACUGACCGGAAGCAGAGGUAUAGCACAUUGUUCAGGGAGAUUUUACUCCAAGAACCAAUCUCAAAGCCAGGAGCAGCUCUGAAGGCGGUUGCGCAGGCAAGAGAGAUGGGGACGAAAGAUUAUGAGCUACUUAUAUAUAGAUAUUUGAUUUUAACCCCAACUUGUUUUCCCCAAUCAUGAGUCAUAGACGAGAGCUUUACUGUACGGAAAUGAAUCGGAUUAUAAAGUAGAUGACCUCCUUGUAGCUAUGCCAAAAAGUCAACAUGUCUCAGUCUCUAUGUGGUCUUCCUUCAUCUUCUAAUAGCCAAAUGCCCAAAAUUCAUGUCUCUGUGUCUUCUUUUCUAAUAGGCAAGUCUUCUCGCUGGUGACACGCUUGACGAGGUCGAGGACGUAAUUUCCGAAGCUUUGUCUCAAGCUUUGCGGGAAAAACUUUCUGUGAUUGACAGUCUAGGAGCCAAGCGACGCUGCCAGGAACGAGACAAUCUCCAGGAGAUCAUAGAGCGCUGCAGGGAAACCACAACUGAUUGCUUCCAAGACCAACUUCUUCUUGAGGCAGGUGGUGGAGUCAAGAACGUCUCAACAAGGAAUCGUAAAAACCGCCUAGCAGAGGUUGGUGUUUGGGCACCAGGCACUGAACUACGGAUGGAAGCAGAGAGCACUCUUGCCCUCCUCGACCUGGACCUGCUACACAAGGCCUACCAAGAGAGGCUGGCAACACGGGAGGAGUUCGUCUGGAGGAAGAUCGAAGAAGUCCUUGGUACGCCAUCGGAUGGUCCAGCCGGGAAGCGGCCAUCCACAACAUCGUCCAAGCUGUCCUCAAAGAAGAGUUCAGAACAAGGUUCAGCAGGACAAGGAGACGGAGGUGAAGAAGCUGCAGUAGAGGGAGAAGAUGGAGCAGUAGAUGGUGCUGCACCAGACGGAGGGUCAGAAGGAGAAGGGGCCGCUGAGGGUGAAGAAGGAGCUGGCGGAGAAGAAGGGGAGAAUGAAGCAGGUGGCAGUGGAGGAGAGGGCCUGGAGGGUGCUGCUGCGGAGGCGGGCGCUGAAGAGGAACAAUCUUCGUCAGCUGCACCCAGCGCUUCUCCAACUGAGUACCUCUGCGUCGAUAGCGCAGACGUUGCUGCACUCGUCGGCGCCAUGCGUGUCGCUUACAAAUACAGUCAGUCGCUCUUAGCGGUGCAGAUCAAUCAGCGAGUCUUCGAGAUUGCAAGGAUGUGGAGCACAACGUCACGCCGAUCCGAGUACAGAGCAGAAUCAGGACUACAGAACGCCUUAGAAGGUAGCAGCCUCCGCAGUGCAGCGAUGGAGUUGAAGCGCUUCUUCCAAGACGAAGAGGAUUACCGAGAAGAGUGCUGUCUGCAACUAGACCAACUCGGUUUUACAGUCUUAGCCGCACACGCAUUGGACAAGCACGCAUUAGAUCCAGUGCAUAGUCCUAAUCUGUGCAGCCACGCAGCCACAGCUCUGUCGCAGAUCAAUCGGGCGCAAUUGUUAUGGACAAUGGAACAAGUGGAUCAUUUUGUUGUUCUUGUUCUUGUUUUUGAUCUUAAUAAGUACAAGUUGCUGUAAGGCUACAACUAGGAACAAUCACUGCUGUAUCUGUCGAUGGUUGAUGCAGGAAUCAACACUGGCGUACUCCUCGUUGUGAGUAGACUAAGUUGUCUGACGACCCGCUCUAACGAAAGUCCAAACCCUUGAGCGCAUCGACCCGGCGCAAGUGGCAUUGUACAGGAAUUUGUUUUACCAUGGAAUCAAAGCGCUGAAAACAGCAGCGAUGGAGGAUGCAGCCGUUGCAGAGGAAUUACGUGGACUAGAUUGCAGGGAAUUAGUGCAGACUAUCGUACUCUUUUAUCCUGAUUUCUACUUGGUCUCGUCAAAUUCAGUAGAUUCAUAGACGGAAGUAGAUGACGUGGUCGUGCUGUAUUGAUAUCGUUGGAUCUACUGUCAUCAUCUUAGUUGUACCUCUUCUCGUCUUCCUAGUAACACAACAUUUUCUUUUCCUUAUCUUCAACUUAGCUGUACCUCUUCUCGUCAAAACCACAGCUAUCCUACCACGGUGAAAGUCUGUUGAAAGUGGAUGGAACUCUGUUGAUUGAGCUUCAGCUCUUGGGUCGGGCUCUGGAAAAGAUGAACUUUUUUUAGAAGCAGAUGUCGUUGAUGUCGGUAGCGGUAUCUGUAGUUGUAGUUAGAAGUGGCUUUUGGUGGAACAACUUUGGGAGUUCUUGUAGUUCUUGAAGAUUUUCGGUUCUUGGAGGCGAGCUUAUUUUUCUUCGGUUCUUGGAGGCGAGAAGGCGAUGAAGAUGAAGAUUUUCGGUUUUUUUUUCCGAGCUGCACUACCUAGUAGCGGUCUUCCAAGAAGUUUGUGUUGAGCAGACAUUGCAAAGCAAAGGUAUCUGAUGCAUAUUUUUCACGCUAGUAUCCGUCAAGUGAAAUAAAGUACUACAAGUAGAUCAGCAGACUUGAAUUCGGAAAUUGAUUCAUCUUACCUUUGAUUCACAUUCACUUCAGCCAUCCCUUCACACGAACCCCACCAGAACCCCAACGGAAUCCUCCCAGCCCACGACCCAGAACCACAACCACUCCUCACCUCUUCACCACCAAUAAUACCACGACACCAGGUCGAAAUGAACCCCCACUUGGGUGCUCAAGUUGAUAAUGUGAUGGAGUCCGAGCUUCUGAUGUUCCGCGAAGCAUUGGAGAAGCGUGACGCUGACUUAUUCCGAGCUCGUGUGAAGGCGUUUCAUCAAGGAAACAUCGAUUUCCUCACGUCCUACGGUCCUCAACAACUGUCGAGGAAGGAUAGCAGCAAUUUGUAUCUGACUGGCGAGUUGGUGUCACCAGAUGCGAGGAAGGUUAUGACUUUGUGUUGGUUUAACUGACUCUAUUCUGACAUUCUGGUCUAGGUCUACUAACUUACACUGGGUCGUGUUGGUUUAUUUUUUACGCUGUAACACUGCUCUCCUCUCAUCUUCAUCAAGCUCCAGAAGAAGCACCUUAUCGAGAUCUUGUUGAUCAUUCACCUCUCCUGAAGUGAAUGCUUGAACAACUUCUAACGAGAUCAUGAGAUAUUAAUGCCAAGUAGAAUUCUAAUCCCCAACUCGGCAAUCGCUUCAAAGAGACACGACGCUACGAUGGUGCCUGUGCGGUGAAGAUGCCAGAGUUACCGAAUUUGUUGCAAGAAUUAGGCGAUCGUCGCGAUUUCACUCUGGCAGCUGAGGAAGAGGAGGAAUAUAAGGAGUAUACUGGUUUGGUGGUAAAAUGAACAGGAUUAUGAACGUAGAAGUAUCAACAAUGUUUAAGUUCGCAGUAGUACGAAUAUUACAACGCAUGAUGUAAGUCAGGAAGUGAUCAUUUGGAACACAACUGAUUAUACCUAAGUAUUUUAAACCCGAACGACUUUUGCUUCAUAUUUGACUCGUCUCGGACCACGAGGAAGAAGAUUCUGAUAGAUAUACUCCGUUAGUUACCCAAAUUUUGCUGUUUAUUCUACUUAGAGCUAGGUGUGGUGUCAAAAUGAAUAAAUGAUGCGAAGAACUAAAAAAGGUACAAUGCUAGGAAAAUGAAUGAUCAUCAAAGCCCUAGAUUCUACGAACUCUUAUUCACAAAAGAAAAUGUAGCCUCUCGUUGUGAAAAUUGACGCAUGUAGUUUUUACGCUAGGUAGCCUCAGAUGAAAUUAAAACAAUGCUUCCUGAAGACGAAAAUACCGAAAUUAAUAGACCAUAACACGGUGGAUCUCUUCAAAAUGUAUGACUCAAGCUGACUAGCGAUAGCCUUAACGAGUAUUAAUCAUGCAAUCCGAAAGAUAAGAAUUGACCCUAGGUGGAGAUGAAAAUACACUUGUUGUUUGAUUUUGCGCAUAACAAGAAGAGAAUACAGCAAAAAUUAUGGAUAAAAUGAUGACGUUGCUUGGUUGUUUGAUGCGUCCAU